AUGGCUACCACCACCAAGCUCAUCGCCGCCAUCCUCAUCCUCUCCCUCGUAACCCUAUCACCCAUGUGCAACGCCUGUUGUGGUAGUUGCGCUACUCCCCCACCAGUUACCCCUAGCACGGGCAAAUGCCCUAUUGACACACUCAAACUCGGUGUAUGUGCGGAUGUUCUAGGGCUAGUCCAUGCCGUGAUUGGUAGCCCACCCUCUGGUACUCCAUGUUGUGCCCUAAUCAAAGGUCUUGCCAACCUCGAAGCCGCUCUUUGCCUUUGUACUGCCAUUAAGGCUAACAUCCUUGGUAUCAACUUGAAUGUGCCUGUUACCCUAAGUGUUCUCCUUAGCGCUUGCCAGAAAGAUCUUCCAGAAGGAUUUAAGUGCUAA